GCCACGCGCAAGAGCAGGAGGCGCCGAAUUUGGAUCUCAAAAAAAAAAAUGACCAGCGCACUGCGCGCUCUGCUCCUCGUCAUCGCGCCCGCCGCCGCCCUCGUGCGCGGCAGCUUCACGUGGCGCGUGCCCAGCGACCGUUUAAACAAGGGCGAGCCCAUCGAGUCCGCGCCGUUCGACUGCGCCGGCCAGCGGUGGACACUCAAGCUCUCGCCACGUAACAAUAAGAGGUGCGGUGUUGAGUUAAGGUACGCGGCGAAGGACGUGGGCGACGCCGUCGACGCGGCCUUCACGCUCCGGCUGGGUUCCAAUACUGAGGAAGGCGGCCUCACGUUCGUCCACCCUUUAGCCGCGGGCGUCUUGGACGGCGAGGGUCCGGCCUACCGGACGGAACUGGAUAUCGACGACGAAUUGCUCGAGGUCGAGUCCGAGAUUCAAGUGUAUGCGGCGUCGUCCGAUACCAAGACGGCGACCGACCGGCAGUUCGCGACGUUCCGCCACCCCGAGCCGGCCGUCAAGCUCGCGCGGAAGACGAACUCGCCGCUGCCGUUAGCUUUAGCGAGGUUACCGCGACUGGUAAGAGCUGCCUUCGCCGCCCCGGACGCCGUCCGGAACGGGUUACGGGUGGGCCACGUCGUCGUGCCCGUGCUGGUCGAGGGCGGCGCGCCCGACAGCGCUAGGCGCGGCGUCGCGCCGCUGGGGGCCGACGGGCUGCCCGCGCCGCCGCGAAGCAUCGAGCAGUGCGAGGCGUUGAAGGAACAGACGCUGUUCAUGGUCCAGGCGGGCCUCCAGGCCUGGGGCGUGAACGGCGGCGACGAGCGGACGCGCGGGGCGUUGGGUGCGCGCGGCGUGCUGCCCGGAGCCGAUUAUAGGGUCGAGUCGCUGGAGCUCGCGGACGGGACUCGCGUCGCUCGCUUGCCCGACGGCAUUUCGAAAGGUGUUAGGGUCGCGUUACAACCGAUCUUCCCCUGGCGCUUCCGGGGCGCGCCCGACGGCGGCUGGCCCGCGACGCUCGAGCUGGACGGCGUCGACGGCUGCGACGACGGCGGCGAGGCGUGCGCUAUUCUCGAUGGGACGGACGCUUCUCUAGCGUUACUGACGCAGCCGGGCUUCGCCGCGGCGACGGCGACGGCCGCGGCGGCGCUCGGCUCGACGUUCGCGGCCUUGGCGCUCUUCUUCUGCAACUGCUUCUCGCUGACCUACAUCCCGACGACGUCCAUGGUGCCGACCUUACAGCCCGGCGACGUCGUGUUGCAGGACCGGUUCUUCACGGGGACCGGCUUCGGACCCGUCUUCCUCAAACCCAAGGCCGGCGACUUGAUCUUCUUCGAGCCGCCGCCGGCCUUGAAAUCUUUGGUGGAUACGGGCAACACGAAGCAGUUCGUUAAAAGAGUUGCGGCCGUCGAGGGCGACAUCGUAAGGGUCACGGAAACGGGAGACGUCUUCGUCAAGGGCGUGCCGCGGCCGGGUUUGUGUGAUCCGAAGACGGGGCGCAAGCCCCAGUUCGCGGAAGCGAAGGGCCGCGUGCCGCGCGGCACGGUCUACGUGCUCGGCGACUGCCCGGGCAACAGUGUGGAUUCGCGGUCGUGGGGCAACCUGCCCGUGGACCUCGUGACGGGCCGGCCUUUGGUCAGGCUCUGGCCUCCCGCGCGCGUCGGGCCCAUCUGA